AUGGCCCGUCCAGCACGGACCAAAGGUUGUAUCUGCUACAGUUUCAUCGAUCGUAUGAGGGACGGUUCGUCCACACGAGGCCGCAACGGAACCAGCGGAACCGGAGCCCUCAAACGAUGCCUCUUUUUUUCUCCUUUCUUUAUUCGUAGGUACACUCUGAAACCCAAUGACCAGAUCCUGGCAGAAGACAAACACAAAGAACUAUUUGAAGAGAUAGUGAAGAAGUCCAAAGUGGAGUACCACGCUGGAGGAGCCACACAGAACUCAAUUAAGAUCGCUCAGUGGAUGAUCCAGGAACCCCAUAAGGUCGGCACGUUCUUUGGCUGCAUUGGCAAAGACGACAAGUUUGGAGGGAUCCUGAAGCAGAAGGCUGAGGAGGCUCACAUCGACGCCCACUACUACGAGCAGGAGGAAAAGCCCACAGGGACCUGUGCUGCCUGCAUCACCGGAGACAACAGGUCUCUGGUAGCUAACCUAGCUGCUGCUGAGUGUUAUAAGAAGGACAAGCAUUUAGACCUGGAGGAAAACUGGGAGCUGGUGGAAAAAGCUAAAGUCUACUAUAUUGCAGGUUUCUUCCUCACUGUCUCUUUGGAGUCCAUCCUGAAAGUGGCAAAGCACGCGUCUGACAAUAACAAACUGUUUUGCCUGAACCUCUCCGCGCCCUUCAUCUGCCAGUUCUUCAAGGAUAACCUCAUGCAGGUUAUGCCCUACGUCGACGUGCUGUUCGGCAAUGAGACAGAGGCAGCAGCGUUCGCUAAAGAGCUUGAAUUUGAGACCAAGGACAUCAAGGAAAUUGCCAAGAAAGCCCAGGCUUUGACCAAAGUCAACAAAAAGAGGGAGAGGAUCAUAGUGUUGACUCAGGGGAAGGAUAACACUGCUAUGGCCAGUGACAAGGUCGAGACAUUCCCUGUAAUGAAGAUUGACCCGAAGGACAUUGUGGACACAAACGGUGCAGGUGAUGCCUUUGUAGGAGGUUUCCUGUCUGGGUUAGUCCAGGAGAAACCUCUCGUUCAGUGUGUGAAGGCGGCACACUACGCUGCUAACGUCAUCAUCAGACGAGCAGGGUGCACCUUCCCAGAAAAACCCGACUUCAAAUGAGGAGUCCCGGAUCCUUCAGUCCUUCAGCCUGAAAUCUCACACCCACCCUGCCGAACAUAACUCUGACCCAUUUGUUCCCACUAUUUUCUACAAAUACUUCCCCAAAUUCUUGUAGCCACAUUUUUUUCCAAUUUGCCCCCCAUCCAUGUUAUUCAUUUGAAAUCUUCCGCACAUAAUUUCAUCCGCACAAAUAUUUAGUUGGGUGCCUCCUGGCAUGUGCCUGUCCCUGUUCUCCACUUGGGGCCGCUAGAGGAUCACGCAGCCAGGAGCCAAUGAAUAAUUGUUUUAUAGAUAAAUCACCUUUUAAGGAAUCAUGAAAAUAUCACAUAAUGUGAUCAUUUUAUUUUACACAAAGGAAGUUUCAUGGACAUUGUUUAAUUUUCCCCAAAACAUUUUUGGAUCAAACGCUGCAAACGUCUGUACGCCAAUCACACUGCUUUAUUCCACAAUGGGAGGACACACUAUACACAAACGGGACUAAUGAAUCUAAAUCUGUCAAUGGAAGUUUGUAUACUACAUUGAAAUGUGCAGUAUUGACUUAUUUAAGAUGAAAUAUUCCUGAUUAUGAGUUUGUUCUUGUUUUAAGAUUGAAUCUGACAGGCCAGUAAUGAAACCAAAUGUUUUUAUUUUGAAAUGUGUCAAAGCCUCUGCCCACUAUGACCUGUGAUGACUGUUAAAUAUCAGCUUGAUUGUGUACAUUCUGUUCAGAAGGUACCUUCAACAUCAAACUUGUGGAAGUGUGCAGGUGCUUCUUGUAAUGAGUGCCUUUUUCCCUUCCUUUCUCUGCAUGUGUUAGGGGAAAAGUGUUCAGAGGCCUAUAGAUGUUCUGUUAAUCCACAUUUCUCUGCACAGGGAAUCUUUAAAACCAGACCAGUGAUGGGAGCUAUACAGUGGCUUUUCACCCCUCAAUACUUAAAUUUCUACCUGAGUUAGUGGCCUGUGUUCUUGCUGGGUGUCUGUUGAUCUCUAGCUAAAUUAUAACAUAUGUUACCAAACUUUAAUACCGUCCGUUUUGAUUUUUAUCAUUUACAUUUAUUCAGAUUUUGACAUUUUUGUCACUGCAACUGGCAAUGAAAGAUGGAAAAUAAAUAAGGCAAAGAAAUCUGAAACAUCAGCCAAAUUCAGGCUCGGGCUACUCUUGUGAUAUUGGGACCUUUUAAACCUAAGUUUGUGGUAUGCGCAGCACUGAAUCCUUGAAUUCAAGUAUAGAUCAUGAUCUUAAAAUGUGAUGAGCAAGAAGUAUGUUUUCUGAAUACUACAGGAGUUGUUUUGAAACUCAAAAAGCCUUAUGUGACCAUUUAUUCCUGAUCUCAAUUGUACUCAAGUUGCCCAUCUCUGCUAGAAUGUGAUGCUUGAAAUUUACAAAUUAAACAUACAACAAUAA